CGCCCACUCUCCGCAGGACAGGACAGAACUAGCAGAGCCUCCUCUGAGAUCGCUUUUAAGACUCCUCAGUAAGACUUUCGGGACACCACAUCAAGGGCAAACGACAACAUGAAGAUCUUCCUGGCUACCUUGGCGAUCUUUUUCGUUAUUGCCUCGACCAAUGCCCAGGGCAUGGGCGACAUGCAGCAGCAGGACGAAUCGCCCAAGACCGUGGCGAGAGAGAUCUACAAGUCGGUCAGGGAGUUCUUGGAAGGCAACGACUACGUCGAGUUCCCCGUCCAGAAGCUGGUGAAGAUGCUCGCUGGCUCCAGCAAGUUCCUCGUCGACAAACUCCCUGACUUGAACAGCACUAAGAUUUCGCUCGAAAUCUACCUGCCCAGCUGCGGCUACAGCAACUGCGAAACCGAUGCCCCUAAAUGCAGCAGAGGCUUCGUACCCGAGGAAGCAUUCCAAUUGUACAAAGCUUGCUUCCCCGGUGUUAUUGCCGCAUACUUCAAUGGGGAAAGUCCACAGGCAAAAAUGACGGAGUGUGUGAUGACUCAAAUGGGAUUAACCUACGAUCCAUUCGACAACCAUGGCAACCUCAAAGCUAUGGUAGGAAUGACUCUGGACAGGAGCCCGGAACUGACCGCUCAAGCAAUAACCGCCGUGAAGACGGCAGUCACCGGCCAAGGAUGCAAAAUCCCACAGGACGGCUAUUGCGUCUUCGAAAUGAUGAAACUUCACGCGUGCCUCAUGAACACCUGCGUCAGCGCCAUGUACAGUUCCAACGCGUCAUUGGUAUAAACAUGAACGAGACAUGAACCAGACUCCCAAGAAUACAAAAUCACCAGUGGCCGGCACAACUUGGACCAAAAAAAAUAAA